UUUGUUUGAGUGGAUUAUAUGAUUUAUUGCUUUAUACCCUUUUCAAUUUAGUGGAUUUUUGUGUAACUUUUUGGUGUUUUGAUGAUCAUAUAUGAGGAUAAAUUGAUUUGAGCCAUAUGGGUGUUGUUCUUUCGAAUUUAGUUGAUUUUUGAGAUGUUUAAUGUGAAGAUUGUUUAAUUUUUAGGAUAAUAUGAUCCGAGUCAUGCUCAGUUGCCGUUUUGUGUGUGUUUAAUUGGUUCUAGAUGGUUGUAUUGUUCCUGUUUGAAAUUUUCUGUGGUGCUGACUUUUUGGGGUCAAGUUCAAAUUAGUUUCCUGAUGAGUACGAGCUUUGUAUAUUUUUUUGUUGAUCAUAAUGAAUUGAGAAAAAUGAGAGGUUAAAGGAUUGCGAUUGGAGGAAGAUAUGAUGAACUUUUCUACUGAGUUGCGUGAUUCAGGGUGAUGAUUUGUUCUCGCUGUUUGUUUGCCUCCAUAUAGGGUAAAUAGUUUGUGAUUGAUUGUCUAAUUUGUUCAAAGGACGAUGUUUUGUUUGUGAAGCCAAUGUUUUGACUUCAUUUAUAACUUUCCAUUAUUAUGCCAGUAUUAGUUACUAACUAUAUAUAAUAGAGAAAGGUGUGAUGCUGCAGUUGACGGUCAGAGUUUUGGCUGAAUUUGACAUUUCGGGAUUAUUUUUCCUUUAGAUAUUUCAACUGGUUGUUCUAUUUGUUAUCACUGGUUAGUUUGUUGGAGAUAUCUACCUGAAUACUGGACAUUUUUGGUUUUAACUUUUAAGUAUUUUAGGGUUGGCACAAACCCAACCUUCAUAUAAAUAUGGCUGAAGAUAAAAGCAGUAGAUUCAAGGACAAACUUGAGCCGUUUAUGUAACUAUUAGUUGUUUUAGUAAUAAAUGCAUUUUGUUGUGAAAUUGUUUUAUGGUUAAUUAUGGGGAAAUAGCUGUUGUUGAACAGAAUUGAUGUGGUGAGGAUAAGGAAGUUUUUUUUCCAAGUCUUUUCAAUUUUGGAUGGGUUUAGCUCAUUAAAGAAGAAAGGGAAAUAGGUUCAUCUUGUUCUUUCCCCUUCUUCCCAAACUAACAUCCAAACAAGGGGAAAUUGAUCUCUUACUUUGUGUCCCUCCCCUUCUUUCCAAAACAUAUACUACUUUGUAUCUGGACAACCAUUAUUAUUUUCUAUCUCUUUCCCCACCUUCCGAUUAGUCCUUCACAAUGACGUUCUCUUGCAAGUGGCAUCUCAGAUCACUAUUGCACACCUAGCUUCUUAUGGCUGUUUGCUCGGAUAAAAAAGAUCAUGCAAGCUGAUGAAGAUGUUGGGAAGAUAGCAAUGGCAGUUCCAGUUUUAGUUUCAAAGGCAUUGGAAUUGUUUCUACAAGACCUGUGUGAUCGUACUUAUGACAUAACUCUUCAAAGAGGAGCCAAAACUAUGAGUUCUCUUCAUCUAAAACAUUGCAUACAUAGCUUCAGCAUGUUUGAUUUUCUGAAGGACGUAGUGAGCAAGGUUCCUGAUUAUGGUAAUUCUGAUGCUAAUGCAGAUGAUCGAACUGCUACCAAGAGAAGAAAGUCUGCAGUUGACGAGUAUCAUGACAGCGAUGAAGAGUUAAAGAAAAGCAGGAUGCAAGAAAUGAGCCAUGCCAGCGGCAGUGGUAGAGGAAGAGGACGGGGGAGAGGACGAGGACGAGGACGAGGAAGGCCUCCGCUAGAAAGAGAGGCAGUCUCUCAUCAUGAGAUGGACGCCGAACCAUCGACAACUUUUGAGCCAAUGAAUAAGCCUUGCCCUAUCCAAGUACCUAACACGGAUGAUGAUCCCAAUAAUAAAUUAGAUCCAAUGAAGGAGAGUCCAGUUGUAGGGGACGGUGGAGACACAGCCAUCAGGAAUUUUGAUUUGAAUGCUGAGGUAGCUGCUGACAACCAGGAAAUGGUACCCACUGUAACAGCAGCAGCAGCAGCAGCAGCAGCAGAAAAUGAUGUAGCAUCAGUCGAGCAGCCACCUCCUGAAAGCAAGAACGAUGAGUUGGUCUCUGAGGUCGAUGGGAUGGCCAUUGACCCACAUCAGAUAGCCCAAUUUAACUCGAGAAUAGACGAAGAUGAAGACUAUGAUGAAGAGUAGCUGAAUCAAUGUAGGAGCGGAGGUAGGAUGAAAAUGUAGAUUAAAGUGGAGACCUAUUCCUAAUCCUAAUCCUAAUCCUUGGGUGAAAUGGAAAGACAAUAGAAAUCUUUUAACUAAAGUCUCUGCGGGAUCUGUAUAAUUGAUGAUUAGUAGGUUUUCUAAGUAGGAGGAGGUAUGGUUUGCAUUCUUGUCACCAUCUUUAAUUGCAGAAAUAUUUUAACA